AUGCUGCUCCCACCGCAUCCCUGCAGACAGCGACUGCGGGGAGGCGAUCCCGACGGCUCGCGGGCGGCACCACCGCCUCCCGGACCGGAUCGGACCGGACCGGACCGGAUCGGCCUGGACCGGGUGGGGGCGUGGCCUGGGCGCCCCUCGCCGCCCCCCGGUUCCGGUCUCGGUUCCGACGCCGGUGCCGUCUCGCCCGCAGGUUUCGAGAAGCCGUCGGCCAUCCAGCAACGGGCCAUCAAGCAGAUCAUCAAAGGGCGGGACGUGAUCGCACAAUCACAGUCUGGAACAGGGAAGACAGCAACAUUCUCCAUCUCUGUCCUGCAGUGCCUGGAUAUACAGGUUCGCGAGACCCAGGCGCUGAUCUUGGCUCCGACUCGGGAGUUGGCUGUGCAGAUUCAGAAGGGUCUCCUUGCUCUGGGAGACUACAUGAAUGUGCAGUGUCACGCCUGCAUCGGAGGGACCAACGUGGGGGAGGACAUCCGGAAGCUGGACUACGGGCAGCACGUCGUGGCGGGCACACCGGGCCGGGUGUUUGAUAUGAUUCGUCGCCGAAGCUUAAGGACCAGAGCCAUCAAAAUGCUGGUUUUGGAUGAAGCAGAUGAAAUGCUUAAUAAAGGGUUUAAGGAGCAGAUCUAUGAUGUGUACAGAUACUUGCCUCCAGCCACGCAGGUGGUUCUGAUCAGCGCCACGUUGCCACACGAAAUUCUAGAGAUGACCAACAAAUUCAUGACAGACCCCAUCCGCAUCCUGGUGAAACGUGAUGAGCUGACCCUGGAGGGAAUCAAGCAGUUCUUCGUGGCGGUGGAGCGGGAGGAGUGGAAGUUCGACACCUUGUGUGAUCUCUACGACACGCUUACCAUCACCCAGGCCGUCAUCUUCUGCAACACCAAGAGGAAGGUAGGGCGGCCGCGCGGGCAG